AUGAUCCAAGCCAGUAAAUAUCCAAACAGCAAGACUAAAGAAUUAUUCAGAAAAAUCGCUCACAUCGCUUAUAUUUGUGGCCUACCAAAUUUUUGGAUCGAAGAACUGAACCUACCGAAGAGUUUCAUUCGAGUUUACGAUAAAAUAGUGCGCAUUUUCAAUGUGGCAACAUACUUUUUUCUUGGUAUAGAAAUUGCCGCGCACUUUACCCAGCACCAUUUGACGAAUAAGCAAAAAUUUGAUUUGCUUCUGUACAGUAUAUCCCACCCGAUCCUCAACGGCUAUGGCGUAAUUGUUUCCAGACAAGUUGGGAACGUAAAAAAGGUUUUGUUGGACUUAAUCGUGAAUUUGAAGGUAAAAUACAAUGACCCUGUCAUUGAGGAGGCGAUGAUAAAGAUUUCAAUGACGUAUUCCGUGUCUUUUAUUACAAAUUGCGUUCUGUCGAUGCUCACGUAUACUUUUGACGCUUUGCUGAUGGUUUACAAAAAAGGUGUAACAUUCAACGUUAUAAUAACAGCGUGGCCAGAUGUGGAAGACACUACAACUGAAGCUAGCAUCGGCAGAAUAGGUUUCCACAUUUUCUGGUGGUUAUUUGUGACACGGCCGUUCGCAGUUUAUGUAUUGGUGAUUAACUUGACAACUUGCUUGAGUCACCAGUACAUGAACUUACAAAGCUAUUUUUUUCAUCUCGAGGAUAUUUUUAAAGAAAAUCUCAGUCAGAACGAAAAGGAAGCGAAAUACGAAGCGGAGUACAAAAUAGGGGUUAUGCUUCAUGCAAAUACGUUGAGAUGUACAAGGAGAUGUCAUAUGGUAUGGAACGGCGUUAUGAGUGGUCAAAUUAUAUUUAACAUCAGUCUAAUUGUCAUAAUUAUGGCUCAGAUGAUGAAUUCAGACCGGACGCUCGUAAACACUUUUGGUACUGUACUAACCGCAUCAGCCAUUCUUAUCAGCACCGGUUUCUUCAUGUGGAAUGCUGGUGACGUCACAGUUCAGGCAUCUCGUCUAGCGACAGCAAUGUACUGCUCCGGGUGGCAGAACUGUCGCGGGAAAUCAUCAGUCAGCAUAAGGAAUAUGGUGAUGAACACGAUAGCCGUCGCUCAGCGGCCGCUUGUAUUAAGAGGACUCGGAGUAAUAGAUUUAUCAUAUCAAUCGUAUUUAUCGAUUGUAAAAGCGUCGUACACUGUAUUUUCUGUGAUCUAUUAA